ACCCGGACCCCGGCCGCCACUCCUGUCCCUGCCACCAUCAGCCGCAGUCGCAGCCGGACCUCGCUCCUCAACUUGGCAAAAAUGCCUACAGAGACUGAGAGAUGCAUCGAAUCCCUGAUUGCUGUUUUCCAAAAGUACAGCGGGAAGGAUGGAAACAACACUCACCUCUCCAAAACUGAAUUCCUUUCCUUCAUGAACACAGAGCUGGCUGCCUUCACAAAGAACCAGAAGGACCCCGGUGUCCUUGACCGCAUGAUGAAGAAGCUGGACAUCGACUGUGAUGGGCAGCUAGAUUUCCAAGAGUUUCUCAACCUUAUUGGCGGCUUAGCUGUAGCAUGCCAUGAUUCCUUCCUCAGAUCUUCCCAGAAGCGAAUCUAAUCCUCUCAGUUCCCUUCCAACCACCAAGUCAUCACUUUCCCCGACCCCAUCCACACCUGCACUGAGCCCAGCACACCUACCACAACAUGCAUCCCACGCCUGCUGGCGAAAAUAAAACAAUGCCAUCUUUUUAAAAA